AUGUUUGACCAAGGCAUUAUUGGAAUAUGCUUUUGUAUUUGCUUGGCAAUAGUUUUCAACUUUUCUUUACAUCGUAUAGAAGAAGGACAUGUUGGUGUUUAUUUUAGAGGUGGAGCAUUAUUGCCUCAAAUCAGCAAUCCUGGGUUUCAUAUGAUGAUACCUUUAUUAACAACAUAUCGCUCUGUUCAAGUUACAUUACAGACAGAUGAAGUAAAGAAUGUUCCAUGUGGAACAAGUGGUGGUGUAAUGAUCUAUUUUGAUCGUAUAGAAGUUGUAAAUAUAUUAGAUGCAAACAGUGUUUAUAACAUGGUGAGAAACUUCACAGCAGAUUAUGAUCAAACGUUAAUAUUUAAUAAAAUCCACCAUGAAUUAAACCAAUUUUGUUCUGUACACACAUUGCACGAAGUAUAUAUAGACUUGUUUGAUCAAAUAGAUGAAAAUUUGAAAACUGCUUUACAAAAAGACUUGAAUGAUUUAGCACCUGGUUUAAGUAUUCAUGCAGUUAGAGUUACUAAACCAAAAAUUCCAGAAACUAUCAGAAAAAAUUAUGAAUUAAUGGAAGCAGAAAAAACGAAACUCUUAAUUUCAACACAGCAUCAAAAAGUUGUUGAAAAAGAUGCAGAAACUGAUAGAAAAAAGGCUGUUAUUGAAGCAGAAAAAGAGGCACAGGUAGCAAAAAUACAGUAUAAUCAAAAAAUUAUGGAAAAAGAGUCUCAACAGCGAAUAGCAGCUAUUGAAGAUGAAAUGCAUUUAGCAAGAGAGAAAAGUCGUUCAGAGGCUGAAUAUUAUCAAACAAAAAUGCAGGCUGAAGCAAAUAAACUUCUUCUUACUGAAGAAUUUUUAGAAUUAAAAAAAUAUGAAGCAUUAGCACAGAAUACAAAAGUAUAUUAUGGUCAAGAUAUACCAAAAAUGUUUAUGUAUGGAGGUUGUUCAAGUAAUCUUAGUACAAAUUAACUUGUGGAUGUUCAGAAAGUAAUAAUAGAAAUUAAUGUCUUUUUUCCUAAUAUUGAACGAUAAUAUAUACAAAUUCUUGUAUAUAAUGAUUGUAAUUGUAAUUGUUAUAUUAAUGAUAAUACUUUGAUGAUAUGAAUUUUCAUUUUCAAAAGUAGAAUUCAUUUUCUUAAGUAUAAUUUUCAAUAAUUUUCAUAUAAUUAUCGUUAAUUUCUUACCAAUUUUUAUUGGAACAAAUCAAAUUUUCUAAUAAAAAUAUUAUUACAAAUUAUAUUGAUGCCAGGUUACUAUAUUAUUUUGUAUUCAAAGUAUUUUGUAGUUCCUCUAAAAUAA